UGAAAAAAAAGAUCGUUUGAGGGCUGUCAUAUGCAAAAAGCCCAAUCCACGACAGCCUCUUUGGGUGCGACAUCAGCGAAAAAGGUAAACGUGACCGUGUCCCCCAUUUUCGGCUUUUUAGCGCCCCAGUGUGAAUUGCAUCGUCGUUUUGAAGAGGCAUUGGCAAAAGAAAAAGAAGAAAACUUCGUCGUUCGUCCAAACCAUAACCUUGAUUUAUCACAAGCAAGAACAAAACUUUUUGCAGCAAGCGUUUUUUGCUUGUAGACAUUUAGUUCUUGGCAGGUUUUGGGCUUUAUAGAGCGAGAAAGCAGACUGCGACAGCGUCCCUCCAUCUCAUUCAAACAGUUCCUCAUGAACCACACUGUUGCAUACAUCGUCCCGACAGCCAAGGAUCUCUUUUGGACCACGUAUGGGGCUUAUGCCUCUUUGGCGGCCACAGUGGUGUCGAAAAGCGGUCUCUCCUACGAUUGGAGCAUAAAGCUCGUCAAUAGCACAAAUUAUAUCCUUCUCUUUGGCUUCGUCGGCGUUCUUUACAUUGAGCUAAUUUACCAAUGGACCAAAUUCCUGUAUCGACGUGGAUGGGUUCAAAGACAUCAGCUUGCACUGCCGGAAGAUCGGGAUUACAUUAUGAAUUAUUUUGCUGCAACAAGCAUCGUCACCAUGCCCGUCUUGUAUAUUGCGGCUCGAUGGGAGAGCGUCUACCCAAAGAUUACAUACAAGUUUGACUUCUGGCAGGUGAUCCUCUUUCAGUUGGUUGUCUUUUUCCUCCAAGACAUUUGGUACUUUUAUGGACAUCGGUACAUGCACAAAAACAAGGUCCUUUGGAAUUGGGUACAUAGCCAUCACCAUGAAAAGCGCAACAUCAAUGCUUUCUCAACAGGCUAUGCUGCAUGGAUCGAGAACUUUUUGUUGAUCGGCCCUUCCAUUCUGAUCAGCGUCAUCCUGAUGGAUCUGAUGCCUUCAUUCAACAUGCUGACGUUACGCCUAGCAUGGCUAUCGCAAUUCAAGAUCUUUGUCAUUGGCCAUACGGGAAUGAAAAUGCACCCGCUUCUGUACUUUGGCAAUCCGUUUGCCUGGCUACAGCAAGUCCUGAGUCCUGUGGGUCUGUCGCAGAUUCCAGAAGACCAUGAGAUGCACCAUUUAUACCCAAUGUGCAACUUUUCUCUGAAUUUUAGACUUUGGGACUCACUGUGGGGUAGUUACAAGAGUAUUGAGACUUUAAACCGAAACAAGAAGAAGGCGUAAAAGGUAUCUCAUAACUUGAAGGAUUGGGAAAGGAGGGUAGCCUAUAUUAGAAAUGCAUAGCGCUGGAGAGUAGGUCGAGUAUAUCUUAUUAGGUUCCAUGUGUCAUAUUGUCUUUUGCUCUUCUGCUAUGAGCCUCCAUAAUACAUAAGAGGAAUGGCUCAAUGUGAAUCGCA